UGCAACAUCCAAUCCACAAAACUAAAUAUAUCCCUUACCAUUAAUAUCAACCAGAGCUUACAAAAUGAGUAAUCUUGCAUUUUUCAUCAUUUUCUCUCUCCUAGCUUCUCUCUCACAUGCCAUAGAACUCGACUUCUGUGUCGGAGAUCCUAGUCUUCCUAGAGGACCUCAAGGAUAUGCAUGUAAAGAUCCUUCUAAAGUCACAACUGACGAUUUCGUUUACACCGGCUUUCGUGGUGAAAAAGCCACCACUAAUAUUUUCGGAAAUAAUGUGACUCUUGCAUUUUCAAAUGCAUUUCCUGCCUUAAAUGGUUUAGGCAUCACUAUGGGUAGGUUAGACUUUGGCGUGGGAGGAGUGAUCCCACUACAUUCCCACCGUACAUCGGAAGUUAUUAUAGUCGCAAGAGGUUCAAUCAUUGCAGGGUUUAUUGACUCAAACAACACUGCAUACUACAAAAGAUUAGAAGUAAACGAUGUUAUGGUGUUUCCACAAGCCAUGCUUCACUUCCAAAUCAAUGUUGGUACAACUCCAGCAACUGCAUUUGUUAGCUUGAAUGGUGCAAAUCCAGGACUACAACUCACUACUCCUUCCUUGUUUGCUGGUAAUUUACCUGGGGACAUAGCUGAGCAAAUUACACUCUUGAGUAACGAAGAAGUAACGCGAAUGAAGAGAAUAUUUGGUACUGCUUAAUAUCCAUCACCAAUAUAUUUGUGCCAUGUGACAUGAUUGGAUCAGUUUGUAUUUUAUGUGACCUUUAUUUAUUUGAUAAUUCAAUAAUUUAUUUAAACAUUGUAAUAAAGAGUGUACAUCUACUUGUUGCAAUGCAAUAUCUCGACGAAGAGUGUGCAUGAAUCAUAUUGUAUUAAUUGAAGUUGUUUUUGGAAAUGAAUAUCAUUGAAUUUCAUAA